UGUAGCCUACAGCUUUUAUCUCCUUUGUUUUAAAAUAGCUAAUCAGAACACAAUACGGUGCAUAACAAAAACUGAUAACACUUAUCUUUUUUAAGUAAGGAUAGCACUAAUAGUAGACAUUGGAACAUUUUAUUAUUUUGAAAAACAUUUAUGAUUAGGACAACCAUCUUUUUCAGUUGCUUAUUUUUUUAAAAAGGGAGGUAACCUUGCUGCCAUGGCAACCAUAACAAAUUACUUGGUUGGGGCUGUGUUCUUGGUGUCAAUGGUUGUUGUUGCAGUGAAAGCUAUCACUGCAAUGUUUUCCUACAAGAGGCGUAGAGAUCUGCUCAUGAGGUUCCCACAAGACCCAGCCCACCCUCUCUUUGGUCAUUUGCUCGAUUACCCAGGACCUGAUGAGAAGGGUUUAGCCUACCAGAGGAUGCAGACAGGGAAGUACCCCAGAACUAACCUAGCUUGGAUGCUCCAUACCCCCAUGGUCAUGGUGACACAUCCGGACACAGUCAAGGUUGUUCUGAAGAGUUCAGAACCAAAGGGCAAACGUAUCUACAAUCUUAUCCGGCCGUGGGUUGGAGACGGAUUACUGACCAGCAGUGGAGAAAAAUGGGCCAGGAACAGAAGACUUUUGACCCCAGCUUUUCAUUUUGAAAUCCUAAAGAACUAUAUUGAGUUGAAGAAUCGCAGUGCAGAUCUACUGUUGCUGAAGUUUCAACAAGCAGCAGAAAAAGCUCAGCCCUUUAAAGUGUUUGUUAACAUCACAAUGUUUACCUUGGAUGUCAUUCUUAAAUGUGCAAUGUCUUAUGAGACUGGCUGCCAAAACCAAGGGCAACAGCACCCUUAUGUUCAGGCUGUCAAUGCCUUAUCAGAAAUGAUGGUCAACAGAUUUUUUCGACCAUGGCUGCACAGUGACCUUCUCUUCUUCCUCACCCCUGAAGGGAGAAAAUUUAAAAAACAUUGCAACUAUGUACAUAAAGUUGCUGAGGAUAUCAUUAAACAGAGGAAAGAGAAACUGAGAACAGAAAGUCCAGUAAAUGCUAACAAAGAAAGACAUCACAGAUGCAUGGACUUCCUGGAUAUCUUGCUGACUGCACAUGAUGAGACUGGUCAAGGGCUGACCAAUGCUGAAAUAAGAGAUGAGGUGGACACAUUUCUUUUUGAAGGUCAUGACACAACCGCCAGCGCCAUCUCGUGGGCUCUGUAUUCUAUUGCUGAGCAUGAUGAGGUCCAGCAGCAAAUUUGUGAGGAGAUUGAUGGGCUGAUGGCCAGCAAAACAAGCACGGACAUUUUAUGGGAGGAUUUGUCUCAGCUGCCGUAUCUGACCAUGGUCAUCAAGGAGUCACUCCGACUCCAUUCUCCUGUGCCGUUUAUCCAGCGGGAACUGACAGUGGACACGGAAAUUGAUGGCAAGAUGACGCCUGCUGGAACCAUGGUCAACAUUGUCAUUUAUAACGCUCAUCACAAUCCUACAAUUUGGGAUGAUUCAAUGAAAUUUGACCCCAAUAGAUUUUUGCCAGAAAAUUCAGAAAGAAGAAGUGCAUAUGCUUUUGUGCCUUUUUCUGCUGGUCCAAGAAAUUGUAUCGGGCAAAACUUUGCAAUGGAUGAAAUAAAAAUUGCUUUAGCGCGCAUCUUAUACAGGUUCAAUAUCAGGCUUGACCCCAGUCACAAAGUGGAGAAGCAGGAAAGCAUAGUGAUGAGAGCCAAGGAUGACAUCCAUCUGCUGGUCACAGAACGCCACAAUGCUUAAAAUGUUGAAAAUUUCUUUCUUGUUGAACAUAACGCAUAUCAUAUAGCUACAUUGUUUUAAUUUUCUAUUGAAAAAAGCUUGCAUAUUAAUAGGAAAUGGAAAGUUUUACUUACAUGAUUUUACAUGUAUAUAUAUAUAUAUAU